AUGGCCGCUGUGCGCCUCACUACGUCUCCCGGCGUCCGCUCCGCCGCGGCGUCCCCGCUGACCUCGCAGCUGUGGUCCAGCGCGACCGCGAACGCCGCCACCGCCCGAACCUCGGUCCCCGCCGCCGCCGCUGCCGCCGCUGUGGUGGCAUCGACGCCGCUGUCGCCUCUGUUCGUCCCGACGCGCGACGGAACGAAGCACCGCGAUGCCUCGAACCGCUACUUCAAUCCCUCCAACACGGUCCUCUCCGGCAACGGCGGGAGUCCCGGCAAGAAGCCCGGUGAUGAGAACAAGGCCAACCUCGGCAAGACCCUCCGAAUCCUCCAAGACCACCUCCCGUCGGUCCUACAGUCCCCGCUCCCGCAGGAGAUCCUCGCCCCCAACAUCUCGCUACACCUCUUCCCGACGACGCACCCGCACCUUCCGACCGUCUCGGGCCGCGUCGCCUACACCGCCGCCCUCUGGACCUCGCCGAUCGCCUGGAACCGCCUGCCCCUGGUCGGCAACGUGCGGCUGUCCAUCAUGUCGGAGCGCGUGACGAAGCAUCCCAUCCACUUCGCGCCGCUGCGCCCGGGCGCGAUCCCCGAGCAGCUGGUGGUGCGGUGGUGCGCGACCAGCAAGAAGAACGGGUCGACGACGGCGGCGGCGGCGGCGGCUGCGGCUGCGACGACGACGACGACGACGACGACGACGGGGGGCGGAGACAAGGCGUUCACGGGCCUGUUCGUGUUCCAGUUUGACGCCGAGGGGCGGAUCCUGAGCCACACGAUCGAGACGGUGCAGGAGGGCGGCGAGUGGGAGAAGGGCGUUGGCGCCAAGGUCGUCGGGCUGACGGACUGGCUGUUGGGCGGGAUGCGGAGGCAAGGGGACAGCCCCAGCCCUGCGUUUGAGGGCCUGGGGAAGAAGGGAUGA